AUGCCAGAUAGAAAAAGAUCAUUAAGUCCAAAUACCGAGACAUCUUUUAAUAACCAAAACUAUAAUCAAAACUCAAGUGAAUCAUCAAAUAAAUUAUCCAAUGGUUCUUUGAAGUUUAAACCUUCAACUACUGCAACGGCAAAUGAAUCCUACAAAUCCAAUCAGUCAACAACAUACUCUCCACGUGGAAGAAAACAAGACCAAAUCGAUAAUGAUAUAGAUUUAGAUGGACCAUUAUUAACUAACUUUGAAUCAUCUGACAAAAGAAAACGUUUGUCCAUACAAGGGCACCCUCCAGCAUCAGGAAUACCACGAUCAUCAGUUUAUAACUCAGAAUCGUUGCCACAGAAUAAAUUACGAUCAUACCUGAUAAUAUGUACCGAUUUAAAGACUAGUGAAGAGGAAUUGAACAAUGAUCUAGAAGUUCGAGUGACAACAAAAGACAAUUAUAACAGAUCAAUCGGAGUUAGUGAUGUUGAGGAUUCCUCAAUGAGUCGUGAUGUCUCACCAUUUGUUAACUUGCCACAUGCACCAAACUCUGAUAUUAUUACUGGUGCAGCAAAGUACAAUGAUGAGUAUGAUGAUGACAAAAUUAGUGAUAGGGGUAGUGUUGUAUAUAAUGAAGGAGCACUAGUAGUGCAAAAGGAGUUUGGAUCAUUGUACCAAGAUGAAGAUGGAAAUCUUAUACGUCCUCCGUUUAUCAAUUUAGAUCCUCGUGAAAGAUAUCAAUUGUUACAGUUGAAGCGAUCAAUUGAAUUAUCUGAAUCCUUACAGAAGCGGAUAAAGUAUAUGAUCAAUCCCAAUGAAACUAAUGGUAAAAGAAUUCCAGGAACCAAUAAAGUGGAAAUGUCAACUCAAACACAUGAUCUUAAUUAUUUGUCGACAAAAUUAAACUUCAAGAAAAGAUCACCUUCAUUAUCAUUCGACCGAACUGAAGUGUCUCGACCUAUUAAAAAACCAAAAAGAAAAGGAUUUGCUAUGAAGGAGUUUUUGUAUGAUGUUAACGAAGAAAAACCAGUUUCUUCAACAUCUUCUUUGAAUGGUGCUUUGGGUAGCAUCACCAAACCAAAAUUCAAUUCUCAACCAAAAACACAAGACAAAUCAAUGACACAAAUAAUACCUCGUGAGGAUGAGGAACCAAGUUUCAAAACUUUUGGCAACAAAACUGGUCGUGAUCGUGAAACCUUUGGGGUCAUUAAUAAUGCCAAAUUAACAUUAGAUCCAGAAUACUUGGAAAAGACUAGCUCGAGUUCUAUAUCGGAUAUAAUAAAACUAAAAGAGCCAACCACUUUGGAAAGCUCCAAACCAAAUAAACCAACGACUGGUCCAUCUUCUGGGUUUAAGUUUGAUAUCAAGAAAAAUGAUUUUGAAAGUAUUAUUAAUGAUCGGAAACAAAACCAAGAAAUAUUGGCAAAAUCUAAAUUGGCUAAUGAAACUGUUCCAGAGAAUGUGAAGAGCACUGACCUGAACCAAAGUGCCAAACCUGGUUUAUUUGGUUCUAAACCCGUACCAUCACAAGAAGCUCCCAAAAAGAAAAGAAACUUAUCUGAUUCUGAGAGUGAUGACAAACCACCAGUGCCUUCUUUUCUGUUUGGAUCUGCUAAUACCUCAAAGUCUGCCACUCCUUCACUUUUUGGUAACAAGGAAAAGAGCUCAACCACAACUUCAUUGUUUAAUAUAACUAAUCCGAAGUCUAAUGAGGACAAAGAUACAGCUACGACCACAAAACCUUUAUUUGCCAAACUUUCAACUGAAUCUGAAACCAUUUUCGACAAGCCAAAGUUUACUUUUGGUGCACCAGCUUCUUCAAAUAAACCAACUUUUAGUUUUGGUAAGACCCCAGAUUCUGCUGAAAAAGAAGCAACACCUAAUUCUAAACCAAGUCUAUUUGGUGAUGCCUUCAAAGCUUCUGACAAGACUGAGUCUUCUACCACAUCUAAGCCGUCAUUUUCUUUUGGGUUUAACAACGCUACAACUACGCCAUUUUCAUUGGGUGGUGGCGAGAAGAAAGAUACUACACCUUCAAGUACACCUUUCACCUUAGGAAAAACUGACACCACUAAAGAUGAUACUAAACCAACAGAGACAACUUCAUUAUUUGGUGACAAAUCCAAAAGCGGCUCUACAACGCCAUUCACAUUUGGACAAAAAGAUGAUAAGGCUGCUGGAGAUUCAAAAGAAGAAGACAAACUGGCUUCAACAACUAAACCAUCUAGUACAGGGUUUACCUUUGGAGCACCUGCUAAAACUACUGAAAGCAAUGAUGGAUCUAAAGGAGAAUCAAAUAAUGAUGCUGCUUCAAGUACAACUGCAACAACAACAUCGUCAACUCCCUUCAAGUUUGGUAUUACUAAUAAAGCAAGCACAGAUGCAGAAGAUAAAAAAACCGAAGAACCAGCCACUAAGAAAUUUAAUUUUGCAACUCCAUCAACAGAUAAACCUUCGACUCCAUUCUCAUUCCCAAGUGCCAAUAGUAGCAGUACAUCAAAACCAGCGUUCAGUUUAGGUGGUAUUGGAACAACUGAUAACAAAGAGAAGAAGGACACAUCGAGUUCACCGUCUAUUACACAAUCCACAACUGCCCCUCCUCUUACAUCAUCCACAUUUUCUUUCAAUACUAAAAAACCAGACGCGCCAGCUACUACUGCCACAACCGAUGCUGAUGCUGCUAAGUCUCUGUCCAAUUCUGGAUUCAAAUUUGCAGCAGGAGUGAACCCACCAUCACAAACUACAAGCAAUAAGCCACCAUCAAUAUUCAACUUUGGUGCCGCAUCACAACCAUCAGCUACACCUGUGUUUGCAGGAUUUGGACAACCUCCACAACCAGCCAAUACUUCUGGCGGAGCGUUCGGUGGUAAGAGUUCGUUUGGUCAAGGUACAAAUAAUGCAUUUGGUAAUACUGGUGGAAUAUUUGGUAAUAAGACUGCUGCAACACCAGGCGGUAAUGUAUUUGGUGGAAUGAAUAAUCAAAGUUCUACUUCUACGCCAGCUACAACUAAUGUUUUUGGCGGCCCAACUGCUGGUGCUGCAACAACAAAUGUAUUUGGAAGCCGUCCAACCACACCUGCAUUCAACUUUGGUGGAGCAGCUACCACUACUGCAGCUCCUGCUGCUGCUGCUCCUAGUGGUUUUGGUGCAAUUGUUAAUAAACCACCACUGUUUAAUUUCACUGGUAGUAAAGAGUCUACUCCUGAUCCAGCUAGUGUAUUUGGUCAACAGAAUAGAAGUGGUACCUCUACACCUUUUAGUAGUGGUGGAGUUGGUGCUGGUGCUCCUGGUGUUGCUGGUAAUGUUUUUGGACAACCAGGUCAACAACCAGGGAUAUUUGGUGGUACUACUAAUAACAAUUCAUUCACAUUUGGUGGUGCCCCUAGCGCGCCUGCUGCUUCUGGUGUUCCUGGUGUUCCCGGUGGAAUGAAUAUGCCAGUGAUAACUCCAGCUCCUAAUCCUCGUAGAAUUCUUCAUCCUAGAUCAAGAAGAAGAUAA